GUCAGUCAUAUGACAACGAGUCUGUCAGCUGACCCACUCAGUGUCGUUUACUGGCACUGUUGCUGAAAUUGAAAAAGGAAGACAAGUAAGAGACAGUUAUGGUAAAGUUACUUGAAAAACUGCCAGCCCAGGAAUGCCCCAAACUGCUCCACAGAUUGAUAGAUGGUGUCUGUGGACGUGAUCUCCCUCGGUUUCAGGACUAUGGUAGCUUCUGGAGCCUGACCGAAUGGAUGGAAAUGAUUGACACUCUUACUUGUGUUUUUAAGACAGCUGUUGGAAAACAACUAUCCAGUGAAGAGGUGAUACAAUCCCUAACUGGACUCAGCUCCAGUUAUCAAGACGUAGUAUUGAAAUGCCUGAAGGGCAGAAAAGAGGAAAUCAGACAGGCACUGGUUGAAAAAACUAACACAGUUUCAUCGGCUCAGUUGCAGGACUUUGACUGGCAGUUAAAGCUGGCUUUGUCGAGCGAUAAGAUCUCUUCACUUCAGACGCCACUGUUGAACCUUGACUUGGAUGUCAAAGAAAAUGGAACACUUAAGCCCGUGUCCAUAGAAAUGAACAGGGAAGAGCUGCACAGUCUGAUAAACACAUUAGAGGCAGCAAAUAAGGUCGUCCUACAGCUGAAAUGAGUGGAGAUUAAGGUAAUCAACAGCAUGCGACAUUUCAAAUUGAGAUUGUGAGAAGAAAAAAGUCAAGCACUGACAGUGAAGCAAGAGGAGAGUAAUGACACCAUCAAGGCCCAGUCAGCUGAGACCCAAAGAUCUUAUUGCUAUUGACUUUUGACACAUUAUGCAUGAGCAAAAAAAUAAAAAAUAAAAUGAGAAGCAUCAUAACGAACUAUAGAAUUUUUUUCGAACAGAACAUGCAUGACAUGUCAUUUGAUAUUAGUGUAGCCUUUAUUUUCCUCCAAAGUCUGUCCUGUAAAUGGAGUGUGCUUUUAAUCCACUAAAAUUGUUGUUGUAAUCAAGGAGAAAUUACUUUCUUAGAAUUUUUUUUUACAGAAUUAUUUAAUUGUAUGUAUUCCCAUGUUGUGUAAGCCAAGUAUUUUGUAUUAAUCUUUCAUUAUUAAAGAGAAUGUCUUGAAAUUA